UGAGACGGGGCAGGGAUGUCUCUGUGGCUGCCGCGCUCCCAGGACCUGCGCGCGGGGCAGAAGGAAGACCGCCUCCCCCGGCCAGGCGCUCAGAUUUAUGACGGGAUUGAAUUGGCUUGUCAGCAGCAAAAGGAAUUUGUAAAGAGUUCGGUGGAGUGCAAAUGGAAUUUAGCAGAAGCCCAGCAGAAACUUGGCAGUUUAGCGUUGCACAACUCUGAGUCCAUGGACCAGGAAAAUGCCAAAGCACAGACUGAAGCUGCAGAGUUGAAAUGGAGGGAGGAAGAAUGGCGGCGGAAGGAGGAGGUGUUAAGGCAAAAGGAAAGACAGGAGCUGUGGAAUACAGAUUUUGUUAGUAAAGAGGUAUUUAAUAAGAGUUUUAUUAAUCAAAUGAAAAGGAAAGAAACGGAAGAUGAUGCAUCAAAAUCAUUCAUGCAAAAACAUGAGCAGAAGAUUAGGCAUUUUGGCAUGUUGAGCAGAUGGCUUGACAGUCAGAGAUUUCUCUCUGAGCACCCAUACCUUGUCUGCGAAGAAACAGCUCAAUACCUCCUUUUAUGGUGCUUCCAUCUAGAAGCUGAACAGAAAGGGGCUCUGAUGGAACAAGUAGCUCACCAAGCAGUGGUAAUGCAGUUUAUUAUAGAAAUGGCCAAAAGCUGUAACGUGGAUCCACGAGGAUGUUUCCGUCUAUUUUUCCAAAGAGCUAAAACGGGAGAAGAAGGCUAUUUGGAGGCUUUUAAAAAUGAACUUGAAGCAUUCAAAUCAAGAGUGAGGUUUUGUUCGCAGUCUCAGAACUUUCAAGCUAAUCCUGCUCAGAAUCCUUCAUUUUAUCCUGAUUUCAAUUGUAUAGGAGGGCUUGCAUCCUUUCCACAGAAUGCAGAUUCACUUCAGGGCUGCAGUUUGAACUCAGUGGUACACAGAGACGAAGACGAACCUAAAAUGAUGGAUACAGUAUAGUACUCCUAAGACUGAGCCCAAGUUCUCUUAUUAACAAAAAGAAGAAUGUGGCAAAUUUCCUAAACUUAUUUUUAUGGGUACUGCACUUUAUUUUGAGUGUUUGUUUUUGGGAGAGAGGGUAUUCCAGAAACACACUUGUCUUUUUGUUGGAAAAUGUGCUGCUAUGUUUUUGGGGGUUUUUUAGGAGAGGGGGAUUAUUGUGUGUUACUGAAUGUGAAACUGGAUGUUUUUCUGCUACUACUAAACCUUGCCUUUUUUAAUUUUAUGAAUCCAAGUUUGAAAAAGAAUCUGCACAGUUGCAAUGUUUACAAUUGAUUGAUUCUAGAAGGAAUCUGCUUUAAUCUUAUUAGGAAUACCCUUGUCUCCCGUGGGAUACUAAAAAUCACUGUAAAGCAUUCUGUUGCAUGCAUGGUUGAUGCUCAGAUCUGAUUUUAUCAUGAAUAGCAAUAUAUCAGUGGUUGCUAUCAACUUUGCAGAUCUGAAUGGCUCAGAUAAAAGCACUGGCCUUUUAACUCUGUUACAGGGAUUGUUUUUUGAAAAAAGACCUUUUAAUAUUUUGUUUUGCCACUUUUAUGUCUUGAUGUGUAAGUGGCCACAAUUUCUUAUAAUGAAAUUAUAAAACAGUAUUUUCUAGAGACACACUCAUAAAAAAAACCUUCUUUCCUUGACAGAACUGACUAAAACUAUCAGCCAUUAGUGAGAGAGGAGAAGACAAAUCAAUACUAAUUGGCUGCCUUUGUACCUAAAAAAAAAAGUAUAUUAUUCUGUGAUGAUGUCUUUAAAAUGAGCAUUUAAGGGCAUUCGGGUGCCAAACUGAUUUGACCUUGUUUUCAGUUAAGUGUUGUGAGUGUGACACUUAAAAUCUAUUUUGGAAGGGUAGCUGUGCGUCAGGGCAUGUCGUCAGUUGGCAAUUUUAAAACCAAAACAUCUCCAAUGAUGUUGUCAGUGUAGGCUGAGCUCUGUUCUCUUUCCCCGUGUUUUGUUUAUGUGAUACCCAAAGUAUAUAAAACCACUAGAGGUGGGCGAUAUUUCAAUUCAGCGUCUGAAACCGUUAUGAAGUUCAGAUCGCGAUCCCGGUUCUGGACUUUCAGAGCUGGCAAGACAUCGUUCCCAUCUUCCUGCACUGUGCUGGUUGUGGCCGGGGAGCCAUGAUGUAUCGCCAGCUCAAAUUGUGUGCUCGCCCGCCUGCGUAUUUGCCCUCGCCCAAGCAAGCGGGGCAGGCUGCGUCUUUCCUUCUGGUUAGUUGUUCCUCCUGCGACAAUCCGGGAGGAAAGAGGCGCCUGCCCCACUUGCUCGGGCAAAGGCAAAACGCGCAGGCAAGCAGAGCACCUUCUCGGCUCCCUGUCCCGAGGCCAGGGCUGGGCUGUAGAGGGAGGAAGGGAGUGGGCAGGAGUCCCUUUGCCCGAGCAAGUGGGCAGCCUCCUUCCAUUCCUCCUGGUCGCUCCUCCCUCCCUUCACAGCCCAGUUGCAUUUUCAGCCUUCUUCAGUGUUAUUUCAGACAUCGUGAUAUAUCAGGACAUUGGGGUAUAUCACGACAUCGGGGUAUAUCACGAUGUUGAAUACCAGAUAUCGCCCAGCCCUAAAAACCACCAUUUCUCAUCCAGUUAUCACGCACUGCUUCCACUUAGCCAAACCAGGGAUGUAGGUCUGUGUGUUGAAAACAUGAACGUGCUGCUAGCUUUUUCUACCAGUGCACAGCCAUGUUUACUAAGUGCGUCUUAAUCAGCGAAGCACCUCGGGUUGCAUCAGUCCCAGAAUCAGGAAGGUACUGUAGAAUCUGAUACGAUAAGUUCUUUCGUUUGACUCUGCUCCCUUGCUCUGCCCAGUAAGUAGAGGAAAAGCAUACAAGGCUAUAGCUAAGUUCCUAAGAAACAAGAUACAUGCAUGGGGCAGCCUUCCAUGUGCACAAUGGGGAUUGUGUCUGUUGUUUGUCCACUGUCAGGGGGACAAACUGCUUUUUCCGCAAAACAGCGGUUCUCCUGGCAUUCCCAUAAUUCUUUGGCUCUUUGGCCUACAUGUGGAACAUAAUUCCCUCCUCUAACAUUUUCUGGUUAAAUGUAAAUCACUCCCUUCCACUGUGGCUGGACUUUGCAGUUUAAAGGAAACGAAGGUCGCUUGUUUCCUUGGACGUGAUUAUUGUCAAGCCCAGUAUACAACUGGAGAAGUCUGGCAGGCUAGUUGAGAUUGUGAGAUGUGAUGAGAGAGAAUCAUGAAUACAGCUAUUUUACUUUUGAUGUGUGGCAGGGUGUAAACAAUGUUAGAUUCCUGGAUGCCUCGAACAAAAGGGAUGGUGGUCAAGAAUACAUGAGUUUCUAGGGACUGCAUAGUAACACUUGAGUGCUUGCAUGUAAAAGCUUCUUCCAUGUAAAAGAUGGUGUUUUGAAUAGUAAUUCCCUUGAAUAAUCUUGUUGUAUAUAUGAAAUAAAAAAUUAUUCAAUUGUA